AUGAAUGACCCCUAUCAGAACAAUAUUAACCAGCAGGUGACUGAAGCGGGCGAGUACACCUACACCCAAGGUGGCGGAGGCAGUGGUCAGGAUGGAUACCCUUACCAGACGGAAUACCCGCCCCAGGAUGAGGACGCCGCCAGUGACGCCACCGAGGGUGCUGACGAGGAUGAGCAGAUGUACGAGGGCGAGUACCAAGGGGUGCCGCAUCCGGACGAGAUCAAGGAGGCCCGGCGGGCGGCGCGGUUGGAGGCCAAGAGAAAGGCCCGGUUAGCCGCCCAACAGGAAGACUAUGAUGAGGACAACCUGCCCGAGCAGUAUGAGACCAUCAUGGAGGACUGCGGACACGGUCGCUUCCAGUGGAUGCUCUUCGUGGUCCUGGGCCUGGCGCUGAUGGCUGACGGCGUGGACGGCUUCGUGGUGGGCUUUGUCAUGCCAAGUGCUGAGAAGGACAUGUGCAUAUCCAACUCAGACAAGGGGUUGCUGGGCUUGCUGGUGUACGUGGCCAUGAUGGUGGGAGCACUAGUGUGGGGCGGUCUGUGCGACAAGAUGGGACGCAGGAAGUGCCUGAUCUACGUGCUGUCUAUCGAUCUAAUCUUUUCUUUCUUGUCGUGCUUUGCUCAGAGCUACGGCUUCUUCCUCUUCUUCAGGUUCUGCUCUGGCUUAGGAAUCGGAGGCUCCAUCCCUAUUGUGUACACCUACUUCACCGAGUUCCUGCAGAUGGACAAACGUGGCGAACAUCUGAGCUGGCUCUGCAUGUUCUGGAUGAUGGGUGGCCUCUAUGCCUCCUUCACCGCCUGGGGGAUCAUCCCUCACUAUGGGUGGGGCUUUGCCAUCGGCACAGAGUUCCAGAUGCACAGCUGGAGACUCUUUAUCCUGGUGUGUCUCUUUCCCGCUCUGGCCGCUCUCAUUGGCGUCGUCUUCAUGCCGGAAAGUCCACGAUUCCUCCUGGAGAGCGCCCGACAUGACGAGGCAUGGAUGGUCCUGCGUCGCGUUCAUGACACCAACUGGAAGGCCAAGGGCGAACCAGAGAGAGUCUUCACUGUAACGAACAUUAAAAUGCCACAAGCGCAGGAGGACGAGUUCAUCGAGAUCCAGAGCGACACAGGCACCGCCUUCCAACGAUGGACCGUCAGACACAUGACUAUGCUGCAGCAGGUGAUGGCUAACGUGAUGUCACUGUCUUCAUCCGAGCUGCGACUGCAAGGCCUCUUUCUGGUCAUUGUUUGGUUCUGUUUGGCCUUCAGCUACCACGGGCUAGGAGUGUGGUUCCCCGACAUGAUUAAGUACAUGCAGUUCGAGGAGUACGAAUCCAAAGUGCGCAUUUUCCACCGGGAACGUGUGGAGCGCUUCCACUUCAACUUUUCCCUGGUCAACCAGGUGCACCGUGAGGGCGAGUACAUCCAUGACAAGUUCGCAAACAUCGAGAUCAAGUCCGUCAAGUUUGAAGACUCUUUGUUUGAGAACUGCUACUUUGAGGACAUCAAGUCCACCAACAGCUUCUUUGAGAACUGCACAAUUAAAAACACUAUUUUUUACAACACAGACCUGUGGCAAGAAAAGUUCAAAGACUGCCGCAUGGAGAACACCACCUUCCUGCACCCUAAGAAAGGAUGCCACCUCAACUUCCAGGAGGAGAACGACAUAGUCAUCUAUCUGGUCAGCUUCCUGGGAAGCCUGGCUGUGCUGCCAGGCAACAUCAUCUCAGCACUCUUCAUGGACAAGAUCGGACGAAUCAGAAUAAUAGGGGGAUCCAUGUUGGCGUCAUCGGCCUGCACUUUCCUACUGCUGCUGAGCUUCAGUCAAGGAGCAGUCAUAUGUUGGCAGUGUCUUUUCUACGGUGCUAGUGUGGCAGCCUGGAAUGGACUGGAAGUUAUUUCGGUGGAACUGUACCCGUCAUCUAAAAGGGGCACAGCAUUCGGCAUCCUCAAUGCCAUCUGCAAGCUGGCCGCCAUCAUUGCCAGCUUCAUCUUUGCAGCGUUUGUGGGCAUCACCAAGAUCGUCCCCAUCUUUUUGGCCUUCUCGGCGCUCGUCUGUGGGGGUCUGCUGGCACUCAAACUGCCCGAGACACGUGAGAAAAUCCUGUCUUGAACACAGCCAAAUGUCACCGCCUGGGCCAACAACGCUGCCGCCAAUGGGCCAUCUGACCACAGGGGACCACCAGUCAUUUGGUGCAAACCCGUGGACCCAGAGCUGAAUUUUUUACAUUGCCUAUGUGGACUUUCGCUAGCUGUUCCCGUUAUACAAUCCUCAGGCAAACUCAGAUCAUGUGUGAAUGUCAAAUUAUUGUUUGUCUUUUUAUGUGUAUUUUCCUCAAUCUUUGGUUUCCACAGUCACAUAGUCAUGUCCUUUGAGGUCCGUGUUAAAAAAGACAGAACAGUGCUUUGAAGGUGAUGUACUUCCUGUCGCCAUGUUGUGCUUAAGUUCCUCUUCCUGUCUGGCGAAAGUCAAAAGUUUCCACCAAGCGGUACACUUGCAUUUCCAGAUAUCUGGUAUCAAAUGGCUUUGUUUGAGGGACCCAUGUGUAGGGCUAGACACAGUGUGUAAGAAACAAACAUGUCCUCUGUUGUUGUUUACCGUGUGGCCUUCCUCUUAUACAUUAAAUUGAUUAGCAGCUAACACUUAAACCUUAUGUUUAUGGAUUCAUCUGAUAAUUAACAAAAUGCAGAGUUUUAAAUAUGAUCACAUUAUUGUAUCUGCAAGUUUGUGAAUUAGAUGUUAUUAGUACAGAGUCAGACCUCGUUUAUUCCAGACUACACAACACUUUUAUGCAUUAGGUGAGUCUGGGCUAGCUUUUCUUUUUCUGCGUUUUGGAAAAAAUUGCAGCAACACCGAGGGGGAAAAAAAUGUUAGAAUGACAAAAACUAAAUUUAAGAUAGGUGAAAACAAUCCAAUCCAACAAUAAUGUUUAAGAAGAUCUCAUAACACUAUAAAGCUGUUUGUGAUGCUAACACCUUGCUCUAAAAACAUCUUUAGAACAAAUAGUACCUAUAAACAUUUUAUUGUUAAUUUUUUUUGUAGUUCACACAAUUUGAUGGUAUUUUGAUGUAAGGGCUGGGAGUACCCCUUGACCCUGAAAAUAACAUUUUUAAAACAUUUGUGUUACGCUGCUACGCUGCGCUCUUCAUCUAGGGCUAUCCUAAACUAGGUCAGGAUUUAGUGCGCCAAAUUAACCGCUUGGUGGAAAAUGUUUAACAAGAAACAACUGAUGUGAUAAUCCAUAAAAUUCCCAUUUACUCCACACUUGUGAUUUGUGUUGACUAGUCUCAUUGUAUAUCAUGCAUAGCUUAUUUUCUGUUAAAGAGUUUAGUAAAAGUUCUCUGGUCUUUUUCCAAAUUGUAACUUUUAGUCUUAAUGUUAUGUUGUGUUUGUUUUUCCUGAUGUCCCUUUUUUUAUGAGAAUGACUCCACAGUGUAUUAGUGUUUUGUUUUUUGUUUUUUUUUUGUUAUAAUGUUCUGACUCCAACGUUGUGACUGACAAAGAACAUUCUUACACAAACCUGCUGCGGUUCUGACAACACAUGUCAACAUUUAUGAGGAGUGUGCGACUUUUUUUGCCGUGUGUGCGUGCAUGAGCGUGUGUGUAAUUCUAC